AUGCCGACGGGGACCAUCAAGAAGUUCUUCGAGGACAAGGGCUUCGGCUUCAUAACGCCUGAUGGUGGUGGCGAGGACGUGUUCGUGCACCGCAAGGUGAACGGUCAAGAUCGCACCGCGUACCUCGAGGAGGGCGACGCCGUCACGUACGAGGUGGAGUGGGACGACCGCAAGGGCAAGUACUCGGCAGCAUCCUGCUCCGCCUGCGCAGUCAUGCCGACGGGGACCAUCAAGAAGUUCUUCGAGGACAAGGGCUUCGGCUUCAUAACGCCUGAUGGUGGUGGCGAGGACGUGUUCGUGCACCGCAAGGUGAACGGUCAAGAUCGCACCGCGUAUCUCGAGGAGGGCGACGCCGUCACGUACGAGGUGGAGUGGGACGACCGCAAGGGCAAGUUCUCGGCAGCAUCCUGCUCCGGUCCCUGGAAGACAGGCGGUGGCGAUGGCGGCGGCGGAGGUGGCGGCUGGGGUGGUGGCGGCGGCAAGGGUGGCGGCAAGGGUGGCGGUGGCGGCUGGGGCGGCGGCGGCGGGGGGUGGUAG